GACAGCGGCUCCACCGCGGCUGGCGCUCCCGGGCCGGUCAGUGGCCGCCGCCGGGCCUGCGACGCGGGGGAACCCGGGGGCGGCGGCGGCAACAACAACAACAACAACAACAACAACAACAACAACAACAACAACAACACCAUCCGCUAACGUGCCGCCGGCCGGGGAAGGGGGUGGGCGGUAACAGCGGCAGCGUCGAGGCCCGGGGGUGGGGGGGGGCCGCCGCGGUACGUUGCCGGCCGCGCCCAGGCUGGGAGCUACGGGCCGAACGGGAGCCUCCCGCCGAACGGGAGCGCGUCCGCGCGAAGUUCCAGAGGGCCCGGGCCGCCUUUUGGGAGCCUGCGGCUGAAAUACCUGUCCCGCAGUCAGCGGGUCCGGGGGAGCGGCCCUAGCCCCUCUGCGUGCCGCUUAGGCCGCGUUUCUCUCCUGUGAAGCUAAGGUGCCCUCAUGAAUAAUUUAAAUGACCCUCCCAACUGGAACAUCCUGCCAAAUCAACGGGAGCCCGGGGAUGAAGGCAGCAGAUGGAACUACGCCUUGCUGGUCCCCAUGCUGGGCUUGGCCGCCUUCCGUUGGAUCUGGACCAGAGAAUGUCAAAAAGAAAUAGAAAAAGAAAAAAAAGAAUAUUACAAAAAACAUUCAUCUUUACAAAAAGACCUGGAAGCCAAAUACCGGGAUAUAAUCACAGAAAAUCGUCGCACAGUUGCUCAUUUGGAGUUGGAGCUGGAAAAGGAACGGAACAGAACCCUGAGUUACCGUCAAGCCCUCGUGUCCCAGAGUCGCAAACUAGUAGAGGAAAGGAGAAUCCUAGAACAGGAGCAGGAGAAGUUAGAGCGCGAAAAACAAGUUCUUUUGCACUCAGGAGCAGCAGGUAACUUGUACCAAAGUUGUCUGGCAAAGGAAGAAGAGUGGCAAAAGAGAGCAAAUAUUUUACUAAAAGAAUUUGAAGAAGGACUUAAAGAAAGGCAGGACAUCUACUGCAGUCUUGUUGUACCCAGAAGCCAGAGACUAGAAAUAGAGAAGAAUCUGCUAGUUAAAGCAGCAACUGAUCCUGUUGCUAUGGCUCUACAUAUGGAAAGUGGCUUGAGAGAUAUUUUCAAACAUGAUAACUACUGUGGCAAUCUGCUGAACAGAAACAAAAGUCAGAACGGAAGACUGAUGUGGCUGUAUCUGAGAUACUGGGAACUAGCUAUUGAGCUACAGAAGUUCAAGAGGGCAGAAAAGGCCAUGUUAGGAAAACGAUAAGUAGGGGAAGUAAUGGGAUGUCAUGUGAUCCACUGUGCAUAGUAGGGACAAUCACAGUUUUAGUCUGAAGCUGUUAAAUUCUCCUACUGUGUUUCCGUUUCUCCUCCUUGCGCUUGUAUUUGCAUGGGACAUGUGCAGUGUUGGUGCCUUUCCUUUCACUGUCUAACAACAGAUGCUCGAGUGAGCUAUGCAUGCUCUUAAACUCUGUGAGUGUGUAUUGCAGACUGCACUGUAGUGUAGAGGUAUGCCAGCUUCCGUAGGUAUCAGAAGCAGCAAAACAGAACUCCGUUGAGAGUGAUUUAACUAGUGGAUGGUCACACUCCAUCAACAGAGAAGUGUGAUUUGUCUCCUUCAAGUGGGGUAGCACAUUGUGCUCCUUAUCCCUGAUGCCUUACACGGUGUCUUCUUUUAUUUUAUUCUAUUUUAAGUUUGUUUAUUUGUUUAAGCAAGACUGAUUUUGAGGCAGAUGUUUGGAACAGACUGUGUUUGAGCCAGCUGCUUGCCACAGAAAUCCUAUGUGUGUAUACAUUUAUAUAGGUAUAUACACAUGUAUAAUCCUAUGUGUAUGUACAUUUAUAUAAAUAUAUAUAUGUGUGCAUGUAUGUGUGUAUAAAUGUAUGUGUGAGUAUUCUGAGGGGGGGAAUAGUUUGAUCGUGUUUCAAAUUAAUCAGUCUUUCAUUGUCUUCCAGUUUAAUAUACAAAUAAUACUUUAUGAAUGAAACAUCAAAAGAUGCUAAUUAAAGUAACACAUAAAGAAACAUAUUGAUGAAGGUCUCAUUGGAGCUACUGAUCCAUGCUUGAAUACUACAGAGUGUAUAAACUCGAAGUCGUAUUCUCAGCACACUGGAUGUGUUCAGAAUACUUAUGAUUUUUCUCAGUCAGGGUUUUAGUUGUAACCCAGCAGCGUGCCUCCGUUAUAGAUGUCACCAUGCUGCUGCCUCACGUCCCCCUGCACUGGCUGCUACCUGGUUAGCUUGUGGGAACCUCUGUGGGUUACAGCCAUUGCACCUGGCUCUGUUCCUUGUUUGUUAUUUGCAGAUAAGAACUUAAAUGCAACCUGCACCGGUAGCCACUGCCUCCCUUCUAACUGUCUCAGUUCUCCCAGAACUGAAGUAUACUUUUCCAUGACUCUUAAAUUUUGAGCUUAUGGUUUACCACUUCAUGUACACAUGACCAUGACAGCCUACAGAUACACAAGCUUAGCAAACUGUUAAGAAAGGGGGCUUUUUAAUUUAGUUAGCACAGUCAAAUAAACAUCUAGAUAAAACAAAACCAAAGCAACAAAAACCCCCAAAACUAGUGUAUUUAAAUAAUUGAAACCCAUUAAAACUCUGAGUAUUUUUUGAGUCCUUGUAGCUGUAGGAACCAUCUUCUUUUCCAAAUGUGCCAUAUAUUUUGGAGAAUAACUCUUUUUUAAUUCCUCUGUUUUAAUCCAGCCUUAGACCUCAAAGGGACAGUGGCUACCCUUUUGGUUAUAACAUCUGGUCUUCUCUGUUACUUGACUUUGAUUAGUAUUGGUAGGUUGUCAGUUCGUUAAUUAGCAGUUAUAUAUUUAUUGAGGGCUAGACUUGAUGAACACGCUUGGUCUAGGCAAUCAGCUACUGCAAGGCUUGAAAGCAAUCUAGCUAAGUGAGUGCCCAUCCAAGUUUAACAGAGAAGUCCAGCAGAUGCGGGUUUUUCUCCUGUUUCUUCCUGGUUUCAUUUCAGUCUGAGCACAGAAGACAGCAGAUAAAUCUGUUGAAAGAGUGCAUGCAACCUAACCCAGUUGCUCAGCAAAAUUUUCUAACCUGAAACAAAAUUCUUAAAAAGAAUAUGUUUCCCAACUGCACAGUUUUCCAUUUGUGAUUUUGCUCACCUUGGUGGUGCUAAUUACACUGUUAUAUUUAUUAGUCUCGUAUGUACUGAUAUUUUUUUUUUUUUUAUGUGAAGUUGUAGUAAAUGACAGACCUGGAAAAAAAAAAUAAAUACCAUCACAAGCAUCAGAAAGGUCAAAGUUUGUCUGGAUGCCAAGUGUACACAGGUUGGGAGAUAAGAAUUAAGUUAAGUUACUGCUCUUGUGUGACAGCCUGAGCCAAGCUGCUGUAGCUGGCCACAUGCACAUACCCUGCUUGCCCAGUAGAACAAACCAGUUCGAGUAACUUACCCUGCAUGUAAUUCCUCCAGGAUGUGGAAGGUGUCUGCACAGCUGUGUCACAUUUCAUACAGGCAGUUAAGCAACUCAGCUGACAAACAGCUGCCACUGAAUCAAUGCCAAUGUAAUCGAGAUUAAUGCCUUGAAUUUGUACAUAUUUGUUAGUUCUUAGUAUUAAAAGAUCAAAUAUUUUAUUCUUUUUGUUUGUUUGUUUGUCACUGGCAUCACUCAGAAUGUUUAAAGGAAAUAAGACAGUAAAAUACUUUUUUCAGUAUUAAUAUGUAAGUUGAAACAUCAUAUACUUAACUGUACAGGGUUGGAUGCAGUGUAAUAUUUGAUACUUUUUUAGAAGUGUCAAUUAUUUGUACAACUAAUGGUUGAACUGUUGUUUAUGGACACUUUGCAGAUCAGUAUAUUAAGACUGAAGAGUUAUUUGGGGAGGAUUUUUAAAAGUGUGUAAUUGAUUUAGAAGCAGCAGGCCUGUUAGUUGCUACCCAAAGUCCUGUUUUUUUGGUGUGUUACGUAUUUCUGAAACAUUCCCCCUUUGUGGGUUGUUAUGUUGAAA